AUGUGGUUAUCUGUGUGUAAAGUUGUUACUUAUUUUAUCACCUUUUUGGUAGCUUUUCAUGUCAUGGGUGAACAUGAGAGCAUCGAAGUUUUAUUUGGGAAAAGAAUCAAUUCUACAGUAACUUUAUUAGAUAAAAACAUUCACCUCAUCAAUACCGUUAAUUUCCGAGAACACUGUUCUACAGAGCACCCGUUUUACUUAGCUCUUGUUAGUUUGUUUGCAUCGUACUUCUGUUUCAAGGCUAGCUAUCAAGCUUGUAGAACAUACCUCCAGUGGCCAAGCUUUUCUAUUCCGCUUAUAAUAAAUUUGGUUUUAGUACCUAUACUCGUUGGACUUUACGUGAAACCUAGCAUAAUAGCUAAUGACUGGGAUUUCUAUACCGACGGUUAUACCACCGGUCAAUGGAUGAUUGGGAUGUGUGGUGCCUUCACCUUCUUAAGUAUUCUUAUGCUGACGACCUACGUUUGGCGAAACGGGAUGAGGAUUAAAAAAUUAGAAAAAAUAUUUGCUAUGCCUUUUUACGCUGGUUAUGCAGUUGAUGUAACAUUACUCUGGUCAAGAAGACGGCUGAGGAAAACUAGGCAUGCUCAUACGGAUUGCAAUAAAGCAGAAGCAAUGCCUUCUCCAUUUAUUUACCUCUGUGCAACAAUGUGGCAUGAAACAGAGCUUGAAAUGAAAACACUUUUGAGAUCUAUUUUCAGAUUAAACAGGCAUCAGUUUAUGUUGGCAGUGAAGCAAUACUUAGAGAAGAAAGGAAAACGGAAAGAACUAAAUGAGCAAUUUUAUCAGUUUGAAGCCCAUAUCUUUUUUGACGAUGCUUUCAAGGAAAAUAAGAAAAAAGUUAAACCAAAGGCUCGAAUAGAUGGUAAAGAAAAGAAGCUUUUUCCUGGAGAGGAGACUAAUGAAUAUGUUACACAACUUAUGAAAUGUAUUGAGGAAACUGCAAGGUCUUUUUAUAAAAUGGAUGAGUUUCGUACCUCAAAGAAAUAUAGGACACCAUAUGGAGGAAGAUUAGAAUGGGAUUUAAUAGUUCCAAAUUUUGAUGAUGAACCAGUGAAUAAAUCUAGCGCGGGAAGAACAUUUAGUUCUGAUGAAAACAAAGACAAUGGAUCUAAUUCUAGUGCAAAUAAUUCUUCUGAAAAAUCUUCUAAAACUCCAUUAGAGAAUCCAGAAAAUUCUUGGACAGUCCCAUGUAAACUUGUCCUUCAUCUUAAAUACAAAGCUCUUAUCCGCAAAAAGAAGAGAUGGAGUCAGCAAAAUGGCAUUUCGGAGAAGGAUCGUGAGAGAUUUGCAAACACAUAUAUCCUUGCUUUAGAUGGCGACGUUGACUUCAAACCUGGCGCUGUUCUAAGAUUGCUGGAACGAAUGCAGAAAAACAUUAAUGUUGGAACAGCUUGUGGACGAAUCAUUCCAAAGGGCGGAGGUCCAGUUGUGUGGUAUCAAAAGUUUGAGUAUGCAGCAAGUCACUGGUUACAAAAAUCUACGGAGCACAUUUUUGGAUGUGUCCUUUGUACCCCUGGCAGUUUCAGUCUCUUUCGGGCUUCUGCUUUGAUGAGCACUGAUAUCAUAAAGAUUUACACAAGUAUCCCGUCAACUGCUUUUGAGUACGUCCAGUUUGACCAGGGAGAGGACAGGUGGUUGAGUACUCUUUUAUUAAAACAAGGUUACAAACUGGAAUACACAGCAGCUUCUGAUGCUAAUACCUUUGUACCUGAAGGGUUAUUCGAGUUUUUCAAUCAAAGAAGAAGAUGGUCUCCUUCUACUUUAGCUAACAUUUUUAGCUCACCUGAGCCGAAGGCUCAAGUGAGCUUUUCUGAUCACAUUUUGUCCGUCCUGUAUCUGGUGUAUCACAUGUUUCUUUUCGCGUCAUCCAUAAUUACUCCGGGAACAAUUUUCCUUAUGAUCCUUGGAGCUACUGUAUUGGCAUUUCCGAUCAUUCCAGUCUGGGUAGCCUUCAUCAUAAACAUCACACUUAUUGUAAUCUUUAUGUCAUCGUGUGUACUUGCAAAGGAGGAAACACAGCUCACCAUAGCGGCUGUGAUGUCUGCAAUUUACGCUCUGACGAUGGUGGUUGUGCUGGUCGGUCUCGUCAUGGAUGCAAUCAACAGUGGCUUUUGUUCAGUUACAAGCUACUUUUUCUGUUACGUGGCAGGGACGUUUCUUUUGGCGGCGUUGAUGCAUCCACUGGAAUUUUACAACAUUUUUUAUGGAAUCGUUUACUUUCUGGCGGUUCCUACCACGUCAAUGUUACUGUUGAUUUAUGCUUUGGGGAAUCUCCACGUGACUUCAUGGGGAACAAGAGAGUCCAACAAACCGGGAAAGAUAGGUAAACAAAAACUAGAGGACCCAGAGGAAUCAUCGUGUUCCUGCUUUGGAGUAUGUAGAUGUAUUUGUCUGCCAAAUGCAACAGUACAGGUGAAGAAGCAGAAAGAUAAAGCAAAGAAACAAGAAAGACAAAAGCCAAAGAAAGAGAAAAAUAAAGGGAAAAUGCCUUCUGCUGACAUAAACACAAGGACACAAGAGAAAAAAACAUUGUUAUCUGAUGCUGAUAAUAUGAAAUACGAUGAAAAGGAGUUCUGGGACGAAAUCAUAGAUAAAUACCUGAAUCCCAAAAUUCAAGAGGACACCAAAAACAGGAAAAAUUAUUGA